AUGCUCCCCUCUUUGCCAGUCUGCCUCUUUCUUUUCCCUCUCUUUUCCCUUUCUUUUCCCAUGUAUGUCUGCCCCACGCGCGUGUGCAAUAUUCAUGAGAUCGAUAUUUUUCUCUUUUUAUUUUCCUUUUCCCUUUCUUUCCUUUUCUUUUUUCCUUUUCUUUUCUUUACUUUCCUUUUCUCCUUUCCUUUUCCCUUUCUUUCCUUUUCUUUUUUCCUUUUCUUUUCUUUACUUUGCUUUUCUCCAUUCCUUUUCCCUUUCUUUCCUUUUCUUUUUUCCUUUCCUUUUCCCUUUCUUUCUUUUUCUUUUUUCCUUUUCUUUUCUUUACUUUGCUUUUCCCCUUUCCUUUUCCCUUUCUUUCCUUUUCUUUUUUCCUUUUCAUUUUCUUAUUUUCUUUUCUUUUAUUUUUCCUUUCCUUUUUCUUUGUACCUUCCUUUUUCUUUUCUUUUUUUAUUUCUUUUUCUUUUUCUUAUUUUAUUUCCUUUCUUUACUCUUUCCUUUUUUUCGUUUUCCUUUUACUUUUCUUUUUUCUUCCCUUUUCUUUUUUUUUUUUUCUAUUUGCUUUCUUUUUUCUUUUUUUCGCUCACCGUGCCAACAUCUACGCCUAUUACUCUGUUCUCUUUGUUUCACAUGAUAUCAUAUUACACUCUCACUGAACUCUGA